AUGGAGCCACAUGAAUUGGUUCGAUUGGUGGCCGAACCCUAUUUCAAGGAAAACUAUGGUCGCGAAUGCAGCUUGUGUAUGGAGCCAUACGAUUCAGGAGAUCGAACCCCGAUCCACAUUUGCCCGUUUUCCGAGAAGCACGUCGCCUGCUACCAAUGCACCAAAUUGAUUCUGAAGCCCCAGGAUGGACCACCUUGCCCAUUCUGCCGUUCCAAGCUGCCCUAUCGCCAUGCCGAAGAAUACCCGGUGGCCAAGGCACUACUUCAUUAUUUGAGCAAAACUGAAAAGGAGGAUGAGCCAUGGCAACCCACAGAGCACGAUUCAAAAGAGCUGCUGCUAUUCGGUAGACGGUGCAGCGGCAACGGGUGUAAACGGUCCCUGUCCCCGGCGCAUUGCCAACCAGCCGUCUGCAUCCCCUGCCACGGAAUGUCCCAAAAUAUCUUUAAGUCAUGGGCACAAGUCUACGAGCUGUCUGAAAAGGGAAUGUUCUGUCACGGUUGUAUCCAUGAACACAUGAAGGAACAUUCUAAUCCCGGAUAUAUAGCAGUUCAAUUACUCGAUGCCAUGGCCGCUUCGGGUACGAACUAUUUGCAAGUAUUCAUGGAAAAUGGCAUCAUCUCAAUAAUCAACAACAAGUCUCCUCGGGAAUGGGAAUUCAACGAGCUGAUCGUCUACCAAUUCUUCCUCGGACAAUUGCUCUACAAAACAAAACAGUCGAUGGACCCAGUCAAGUUCAACGGUUUCAUCCGUGAGCUAAUGGAAACUAUUGAAAAAACGACCUAUUUCUCGGAGGUGUUCAUGUAUGACUGUUCGUUGCCUGCCGGGUUCUACAGCGAAUUUUGCCGUUUUCUCGACUGUGUGGUGGAACUCGUGAACUUCUAUGGAAUAGCCAGUGAGGCCAAUCGCUAUACUCGGGCCUGGGCGCAAAAGUUAAUGCUACAUCCAAAUGAGUCGCUGCGAAACUGGGGAUAUGAGCACAUUUCCAAAACGACCGGAAAAAGCAUGGUGCCGCCACAAUUCCUCGAAAUUUUGGAUGGAAAUAUCGAGAUUGAUGCGCUGUUGGGCUUCUUGACGAUUGAGCCCGAUGAAAUGUCGAAGGCGGAACGGAGCAAACUGAUUAGAAAGUCGUAUGGCCUAAUCAUGGAGACGGCACUGCUCCCUGGUCAGAAGCCCAACAAGCUAGCUUAUGAUAAUCGGCGCGUCAUUCACCAGCUAAUCGAUCAAUUUGUUGAAAAAGCCAUUUUCCACAAUGAGCGCGUAUCAUCUGGA